ACUGAUGUGGGACCAUGGCACUUCCCAGAUGCAUGUGGCCAGCUUAUGUUUGGAGAGCAGUAAUGGCAUGCUUGGUACACAGGGGAUUGGGUGCCUCAUUGACUCUUUGUGUGUUGGGCUGUUUGCUUCAGGCUGCCCACGUGCUCUCACAAAAAUUGGAUGAUGGAGACCCACUGGUGACUACCAACUUCGGCAAGAUAAGAGGGAUUAAGAAAGAACUCAAUAAUGAAAUUUUGGGUCCUGUUAUUCAGUUUCUUGGCAUUCCAUAUGCAGCCCCGCCAACAGGAGAACAUCGUUUUCAGCCUCCAGAACCACCAUCUCCUUGGUCAGAUAUCAGGAACGCUACUCAGUUUGCUCCUGUGUGUCCCCAGAAUAUCAUUGAUGGCAGAUUGCCAGAAGUCAUGCUUCCUGUGUGGUUUACUAAUAACUUGGAUGUGGUUUCAUCAUACGUACAAGACCAGAGUGAAGAUUGCCUGUAUUUAAAUAUAUACGUCCCAACUGAGGAUGUAAAAAGAAUAUCCAAGGAAUGUGCCAGAAAACCCGGCAAGAAAAUAUGUAGAAAAGGAGGUCCCCUUACAAAGAAACAGACAGAUGAUUUAGGUGAUAAUGACGGUGCUGAAGAUGAAGAUAUUCGGGACAGUGGGGGUCCCAAACCAGUGAUGGUGUAUAUCCAUGGUGGCUCAUAUAUGGAAGGGACUGGAAAUUUAUAUGAUGGGAGUGUCUUGGCAAGUUAUGGCAAUGUGAUCGUCAUCACAGUCAACUAUCGACUUGGGGUACUCGGUUUCUUGAGCACAGGGGAUCAGGCUGCAAAAGGAAACUAUGGACUCCUUGAUCUCAUACAAGCUUUAAGAUGGACUAGUGAGAAUAUUGGAUUCUUUGGUGGUGACCCCUUAAGAAUCACUGUUUUUGGAUCUGGUGCUGGGGGUUCAUGUGUCAAUCUGCUGACUUUAUCCCAUUAUUCUGAAGGACUUUUUCAACGAGCAAUAGCUCAAAGUGGAACUGCCCUUUCCAGCUGGGCUGUUAGUUUCCAACCUGCAAAAUAUGCUAGAAUGUUGGCCACAAAAGUUGGUUGCAAUGUUUCAGAUACAGUAGAGUUAGUGGAAUGCUUACAGAAGAAGCCUUACAAGGAACUUGUUGACCAAGAUAUUCAACCAGCACGAUACCACAUAGCCUUUGGACCUGUGAUUGAUGGUGAUGUAAUACCAGAUGAUCCUCAGAUAUUGAUGGAGCAAGGAGAGUUUCUCAACUAUGAUAUAAUGUUAGGAGUUAACCAAGGGGAAGGGUUAAAAUUUGUUGAAAAUAUAGUAGAUAGCGAUGAUGGUAUCUCCGCUAGUGAUUUUGACUUUGCUGUUUCUAAUUUUGUUGAUAACUUAUAUGGAUACCCUGAAGGCAAAGAUGUUUUGAGAGAAACCAUUAAAUUCAUGUAUACUGACUGGGCUGACCGUCAUAACCCUGAAACCAGAAGGAAGACAUUAUUAGCUUUGUUUACGGACCAUCAGUGGGUGGCACCAGCUGUAGCUACAGCAGAUCUUCACUCAAACUUUGGUUCACCCACAUAUUUCUAUGCCUUUUACCAUCAUUGCCAAACAGAUCAGGUUCCAGCUUGGGCUGAUGCAGCUCAUGGUGAUGAGGUUCCCUACGUACUAGGAAUCCCCAUGAUUGGACCUACAGAGUUAUUUCCUUGCAAUUUCUCCAAAAAUGAUGUGAUGCUGAGUGCAGUCGUAAUGACAUACUGGACAAAUUUUGCUAAAACUGGUGACCCAAAUCAACCAGUCCCUCAAGACACAAAAUUCAUCCAUACCAAACCCAACCGCUUUGAAGAAGUAGCAUGGACCAGAUAUUCCCAGAAAGACCAACUUUAUCUCCAUAUUGGAUUAAAACCAAGAGUUAAAGAACAUUACAGAGCUAAUAAAGUAAACCUCUGGCUGGAGUUGGUACCUCAUCUGCAUAAUCUCAAUGACAUUUCUCAGUAUACCUCGACAACAACUAAAGUGCCAUCAACUGACAUCACUUUCAGACCUACGAGAAAAAAUUCUGUAUCUGUCACAUCAGCCUUUCCCACUGCCAAGCAGGAUGAUCCCAAACAACAACCGAGUCCAUUUUCAGUGGAUCAAAGGGACUACUCAACAGAGCUGAGCGUCACUAUUGCAGUUGGAGCAUCACUGCUGUUUCUGAACAUCUUGGCCUUUGCAGCCCUGUACUACAAAAAGGAUAAGAGGAGACAUGAUGUUCACAGGAGAUGCAGCCCUCAGCGCACGACUACGAACGAUCUGACCCACGCACAAGAAGAGGAGAUCAUGUCCCUCCAAAUGAAGCACACCGAUUUGGAUCAUGAAUGUGAGUCCAUCCAUCCACAUGAGGUGGUUCUUCGGACCGCCUGCCCCCCAGAUUACACACUAGCUAUGAGGAGGUCACCUGAUGAUGUUCCCUUAAUGACACCCAACACCAUUACAAUGAUUCCCAACACUAUACCAGGGAUUCAACCCUUACACACAUUCAAUACAUUUACCGGAGGACAGAACAAUACUCUGCCCCAUCCUCAUCCCCACCCCCACUCACAUUCAACAACCAGGGUAUAG